CUUCUGUAGUGCAGUCAUUGUGUUCGCCAUCCAGCCCAUUGUCUGUGCUGGGGCAAAAUGGACAAUGUCACCAAUCUUUGAGUCCAAACAUGAUCCAACAGUGCUGUCAUGACUUGUUUUUUUUCCACUGACCCAGACAAGAUGGAGUUGGUGUGUGAAGAUUGGAGGGUGUGGGUGAGGAUCAACCUGGCACUGGGGUGGAGAAUGUGAGAAGGAUGCAGAAUAUCGAUCGGUGACAUCAGUACUGUCAGAAAUCUCCAAGGACAGUCAUGUACAGGGAUGACGUAAACAUCACUGCUAUUUCUUUACCUCGAAAUAGAUUCACACUGUUCUAGUCUCUGCCUUUGCACUGCUGGAUUCUUGUUGCUCCUCUGCCUUCAGCUUGGAUCAAGAUUCUAGACUCUACAACCAGCUAAAUCCCUUGAACUUGCUGCUGCAAAUGAAUGAGAAAAGGCUACUGGACUACUAGAAGUUCUUCUAGGAGGAAUUACUUUUGACUUCAAAUGAGCAUUAUCUCGUGUAAAGAAUGAACCAAGACCUGGCAACUGGGGUAUUUUCCAAGCUAUUGUUUUGCUUUGAACAAAGAUGCAGAGGGAUGAACAACACAUGAUUACAGCUAGAUGGAGACCCUUUAUUACACCAUGCGUCAACCUCCAAGCCUCUACCUGGACCCCUUAGUUACACAGCAGCAUGGCCUGGAGGACGAAGUGCAGUUCUGGUGGUUCCGAGAACCAAGAAGGUCCUUGUUUUGCUACUGCGCCUCAGUGGCCCUCAUACUGGGACUGGGCCUUGGUGGCGUGGGGCUUCUUUACACCACCAACAGCCUGUCUGUGGAAUGGCGUCUUGGAGUGGGAACCACCCUCUGCCUCCUUGCCCUCGCUGUUUUACUCAAGCAGCUCCUAAGCUCCGCUAUCCAGGACAUGAACUGUGUCCACAGCCGACGUCAGAUCGAGCAGCUGCGGAGCGGCGGGAGGGCUGAUCCUGCACUGAUUUUAGUUGUGGGGCUGGCAGUGAUGCUGUGCGGGGUGGUGCUGCUCUGUGUGGCCACAAUAGGCAGCCACAGUCAUGACAGCAGAGAAAUGGUGGUGUCUGGCGGAGUGCUCAUGGUUGCUGGUGCCAGUAUGGGUCUAGCUGUAGUGGGCUACAGUGUGAUGAUGCGUCUCAAGAGGAGAAGGGAACAGAGGAUGAGGAGAAGGCUAAGAAUCAGGAGAGCGAGGAGGCUGAGGGGUCAAGCUGUCCGAGUGUUCAGCGUUUCUCCUCAGCAGAUGAGUCAAGCCAGGAGAGACACAUCUACCAGCAGAACAAGUCUGAUCUGAAAGGACUGAAUAAGAAAAACUGCACAUAAAAAAAGACAAAAGUAAAGUAAAAGUGAAAUGUUGCAGUUAGCUGGAAGUAAAACCAAUAAAGACUAGAAUCACAUUACACGUCUCUGUGAGAGUCUUUAUGCAGAAUAUGAUACUCAUAGUAGGGGGCCAAUAAAUCAAUAAAAGUGAAUGCAGCUCCUAUUUUGACAGCAACGUUUUUUUUAAUAUGGCUGUUUGUAGAUGCACAGUAGGAUAAUACAACUUCUUUCAAAGAUAGGGGUUGGCUCUGAAAGAGGUUGAACUACUCUGUGUACCAAAGUUUUCUGGAGCCAAAUUUGAGCCCAUCUGUCAGACAACUGAAGCUUAGCUGAAAACUGCUCAUCAACAGGGCAGUGAUUUCAAACACAGCAGCAAAUCUACAACAGAACCACUGAAAAAGAGAAGAAAUAAACCUCAGUUGGGUUGAAAUGUUGUAGUUUGACCUUAAAAGAGCCAUGCAGAAACACAUGUUUGCAAGACUCAGUAAUUAUAAACAUGAUUGUAAAGAAGAGUGGGCUAAAACUGACAAAAUCCUAUAGAAAAAGGUAACCUGAAGUUAUAAAUGAUAUUAGACCAUAUCGCAGAGUGUGUGGCAAAACCUAAACACAGCAUAUCAGAAAAUAAACAUCUAAAUCCAGCUACCAGCUAAAAAAGCUGGUUGAGCGUUGAUGGCCCGGACUAUAUUACAGCCCAUAAUUCAACAACCUGUUGAAUCAUAUUCACUCAUUCUUCUCCACUGCUCCAUUUUGAAUCUGUUAAAGAAACAAUGACAGUACAGAAUCUAUUGUGUGUUUUUGUACAUUUAAGUUUAGAUGUAAUUAAUCUCA